AUGCCUGUGCAAGUUUCUAAAGUUGUCAGGUACAAUUUGCUGCUGGUUCGUCGCGGUGAAUUGAAAUACCCAGACUACAAGAUUUCCAGGAACUCUGCGGUGUUCCGAAGCCGUGAUGAUUUUUCAAAUUCUGAGUACUAUCGUAAUGAUCUUCCGAGAUUUCUGCAAACCUUCUCUUUGCCUCAUCGCGCCGUCCGUCUAAUUCGGCUUGGCGUGGGGAUAUGCGAGCGUCUGCGUCGGUAUCGCGAGGCUGUAGCACUAGUUCUCAUUCCACUGUCGUCCCCAUGUCUUUUGAGCAGCGCCACUUCCAGGUCAGUCUGCUUUUUUAUACAGCGCCUCAUCCUCGACCAAGGCAACCACUGUAGGGAUACUGUCUCCUGUGCAAAGACGGUAGUAGGCCUUUUUCCCACCAUGUGCGGCCUGCAUCCUGGCCAUCGCCUUGAACUACAACGGCAAAUCGGACGUGCCUUGGAGAAAAAGAAUUGCUGGGGGCAGAGCCAACUUGCAGAUGCAAACGAAAUCCCAUCAAAGUCUAAGCGUGCUCGUAAAGGUGGUAGCCAACGAGUGGAGGAGGGGGCUGAUGCAACGCUGAUUAAGGAGUUUGAGGAAAUCUGUACUAAACUUUUGCCGCCUUUAAAAAGCGCGCCUUUAGUGAAGCUCUCCGCUCCCGUGGUGGGCUCCUCUGCCGACCUCGGCGCCCACCGUCCAAUGUACGUCUGGACAGAGCCAGUCGGUUCCGCCGGGGAUGCCUCCACCGCCUCCUCUCUUCUGCACGUUGAAGAAUGGGUUCUCAAACACUACAUUCACAAUAUGGGCUUUGAAAAAGGAUUCCACUGCGAAUCGCGCGCCUACACCUCCCUCUUUGGUCUUCUUUUCUACGAUCUCCUCUAUACAGUCGAUCGCAGGGAUGCCUUCUACUCGAUGCGUCAGGUGGCACCGCUUGAUCUUCUCACUGGCGAGUUCUAUGCCUCCCAAAAAGACGCAAUAGAGGCCCGCUUGGAGAUGAUCUCCUCUGCCAAAGACAAUUCCCACCACCAUUCCUUGUCUAAUUCACCUGAAGGCGACGUCGGUCCAUUAGACCCAGUUUCAAAAUUGCUCACAAUGGUAUGGACGGAGCACAAGGACGAACGCUGCAUCGGCGUCAAUUGGGAUCUGUUUCCGGGCGGUGAGCGCGACAUCUUUGAUUUGUUUUGGUGCCUCGGGCCAAAACUGGUGGCUUCAAUCUGUCGUCUCCUCGUGAAGGAUUACCGAAAUUGGAGUUCCGGUUUGCCCGAUCUCUGCGUUUGGAGUCCUUCAGUUGGGAAGGCAAAGGUUCGUUAA